UCCAUCGCAGCCGCUUCGCUUCGAGCUUGACUCAUGCUUAUCUCUCUUGCUUGACCACCAUCAGCGAUCUCCAUCUCUCUUGAAGGAAAAGAAAGGGCAUUGGAAUGGGGAGUAUCAAGGAGGAAAAGUUUAGGUUUUGUAUCGAUAGAGGAGGAACUUUCACAGAUAUUUAUGCUGAAGUCCCUGGUCAGUCAGAUUGCCGUGUGAUGAAACUCUUGUCAGUGGAUCCAGCGAAUUAUGAAGAUGCUCCGGUGGAAGGGAUUCGAAGAAUUCUAGAAGAAUGCAGUGGUCAGAAGAUCCCUCGAUCUUCUAAGAUCCCCACGGACAAGAUUGAAUGGAUUCGCAUGGGUACCACAGUUGCCACCAAUGCUCUCCUUGAGAGGAAAGGUGAGAGAAUUGCUCUUUGUGUGACUAGGGGCUUCAGAGAUUUGCUUCUAAUCGGAAACCAAGCUCGCCCGAAUAUCUUUGAUCUUACUGUUGCAAAACCUUCAAAUCUAUAUGAGGAGGUUAUAGAGGUUGAUGAGAGGAUUGAGCUUGUUCUUGAUAAGGAAACUGAGUCAUCUUCUUUGGUGGAAGGGAUAUCUGGGGAGUUUAUCAGGAUGGCAAGGCCACUCGACAAAGAAGCAUUAAAGCCUUUACUCAAAGGUUUGCUUGAUAAAGGGAUAAGUUGUUUGGCCGUUGUUCUGAUGCAUUCUUACACUUACCCUCACCAUGAGAUCUUGGUUGAGGAGCUUGCUUUGGGUAUGGGCUUUAGGCAUGUGUCUCUAUCAUCAGCUUUGACUCCAAUGGUUCGUGCUGUGCCUCGUGGUCUAACAGCUAGUGUAGAUGCAUACCUGACACCAGUCAUUAAGGAAUAUUUAUCAGGGUUUAUGUCCAAAUUUGAGGGUGGGUCGGGAAAGGUGAAUGUAUUGUUUAUGCAAUCCGAUGGAGGCCUUGCACCUGAACAGAGAUUUUCCGGGCAUAAGGCAGUCUUGUCAGGUCCUGCUGGAGGAGUUGUUGGUUACUCGCAAACACUUUUUGGGCUUGAAACAACGAAACCACUGAUUGGUUUUGACAUGGGUGGCACUUCCACGGAUGUCAGUCGAUAUGAUGGGAGCUAUGAGCAAGUUCUUGAGACUCAAAUUGCCGGUGCGAUAAUUCAAGCACCUCAGCUUGACAUCAAUACUGUUGCUGCUGGAGGAGGGUCAAGGCUAAAGUUCCAGUUUGGCUCUUUCCGUGUAGGCCCAGAAUCUGUUGGGGCACAUCCCGGUCCUGUUUGUUACAGAAAAGGAGGUGAAUUAGCUGUGACAGAUGCUAAUUUGAUACUUGGAACUGUCAUACCAGACUACUUCCCAUCCAUCUUUGGCCCACAUGAAGAUCAGCCAUUAGACCUUGAAGCUACAAGGAAAGCAUUUGAAAAACUGUCGGGUGAGAUUAAUUCUUAUAGAAAGAAUCAGGAUCCAUCAGUAAAGGACAUGUCGGUGGAGGAGAUCGCUCUUGGAUUUGUAAAUGUUGCCAAUGAAACCAUGUGCCGUCCUAUCCGACAGUUGACAGAAAUGAAAGGUCAUGAAACAAGAAACCAUGCACUUGCGUGCUUUGGAGGAGCUGGCCCCCAGCAUGCAUGCUCCAUUGCUAGAUCUUUGGGCAUGUCCGAAGUCUUAAUCCAUCGAUAUUGUGGGAUACUAAGUGCAUAUGGCAUGGGCUUGGCUGAUGUUGUUGAAGAGGCACAAGAGCCGUAUUAUUCUGUUUAUGAUUUAGAUUCUGUGCUUGAGGCGUCUCGCAGGGAGACUGCUCUGUCAUUGCAAGUAAAAGAAAAACUGAGAGAGCAGGGUUUUAGAGACGAAAGCAUUUUGACAGAGUCAUAUCUUAACUUGAGAUACGAGGGUACUGACACCGCCAUCAUGGUGAAGCGACAGAAAGAAGGGCCGGAGAAUGACUAUGCUGCCGAGUUCUUGAAACUUUUCCAGCAAGAGUAUGGCUUCAAACUACAGAACAGAAAGAUCCUCAUCUGUGAUGUAAGAGUUCGAGGUAUAGGGGUUACCAACAUCUUGAAGCCUAAGGAACUACAACCAGCUUCAGGAAAUCCUACACCUGAAGGCUUGUACAAGAUUUACUUUCAAAAUGGAUGGCAAGAAACAGCUUUAUUCAAGCUGGAGAAUUUAGGUUACGGGCACACACUACAGGGCCCAGCGAUCAUCAUGAAUGGCAACAGUACUGUAAUCAUAGAACCAGACAGUAAAUCAUCAAUCACAAAAUAUGGCAAUAUAAGAAUUGAGAUCGGUGCAGCCCAAAGCACUGUUAAAAUCGCAGAGAGGGUUGCAGAUGUGGUCCAGUUAUCAAUCUUUAACCAUAGAUUUAUGGGCAUUGCUGAACAGAUGGGUCGUACACUUCAGAGAACCUCCAUCUCAACAAAUAUAAAGGAGCGCCUCGAUUUUUCUUGUGCUCUUUUUGGUCCAGAUGGAGGACUUGUUGCUAAUGCACCUCAUGUUCCAGUUCAUCUGGGUGCGAUGUCUAGUACUGUCUGUUGGCAGUUGAACUACUGGGGUGAUAAUCUUAGUGAAGGAGAUGUUCUAGUUACUAAUCAUCCGUGUUCAGGAGGUAGCCAUCUUCCUGAUAUAACUGUCAUCACACCAGUUUUCGACAACGGGCAGGUGGUGUUCUUUGUUGCUAGCCGAGGACAUCAUGCGGAGAUCGGUGGGAUAACUCCAGGAAGCAUGCCGCCCUUUUCAAAGUCUAUAUGGGAAGAAGGUGCUGCAAUUAAAGCAUUCAAACUUGUAGAGAAAGGUGUCUUCCAAGAAGAAGGAAUUAUCAAUCUGCUUCUGUCACCUCGUUCUGAUGAUUAUUCAUGUCCAAAGAUUCCAGGAACCCGUAGGCUUCAAGACAAUUUAUCAGAUCUCCAUGCACAAGUGGCUGCAAACCAGAGGGGAAUAAUUCUCAUCAAAGAACUCAUCGAACAAUACGGCCUAGAAACUGUCCAGUCCUACAUGACCUACGUGCAAACAAAUGCAGAAGAAGCUGUUAGGGAAAUGCUCAAAGCAGUGUCAUCUAAUUUGGUGAAAGAGAAGAAUUCUACAGUCAUUGAGGAGGAAGAUUACAUGGAUGAUGGAUCUCGGAUCCAUCUAAAACUAACCAUUGACGGUGAAAAAGGUGAAGCGAAUUUUGAUUUUGAAGGGACUAGUUCUGAAGUCUACGGGAACUGGAAUGCACCGAAAGCAGUGACUGCUGCUGCAGUGAUCUACUGCCUCCGUUGCUUAGUGAAUGUCGACAUCCCGCUAAAUCAAGGUUGUUUAGCUCCCGUACAAAUUCAUAUUCCUGAAGGUUCUUUCCUUUCGCCAAGCGACAAGGCUGCUGUAGUCGGUGGUAAUGUGCUUACAUCUCAGCGAGUCACCGAUGUUGUUCUCACUGCAUUUCAGGCGUGCGCUUGCUCGCAGGGCUGCAUGAACAAUCUGACAUUCGGAGAUGACACCUUUGGUUACUAUGAAACCAUUGGAGGUGGCAGUGGAGCUGGUCCGUGCUGGGAUGGCACAAGCGGAGUCCAGUGUCAUAUGACAAAUACAAGAAUGACCGAUCCUGAAAUCUUUGAGCAGCGUUAUCCAGUUAUUCUGCACAGGUUUGGUUUACGUGAAAACAGCGGAGGUGUUGGCCUCCACAGAGGAGGUGAUGGCCUUGUCAGAGAGAUUGAGUUCCGGCGUCCUGUUGUGGUCAGCAUUCUUUCAGAAAGGCGAGUUCAUGCUCCAAGAGGAUUGAACGGCGGAAACAAUGGCGCCCGUGGGGCUAAUUACCUGAUUAGGAAAGACAAACGACAAGUUUAUCUCGGCGGAAAGAAUACCAUUCUUGUGAAUGCCGGUGAAAUUCUUCAGAUACUGACUCCAGGUGGUGGUGGCUAUGGCUCUGCUUGUUAAACACCAAGAUUGCCAUUUCUCAAUCAGUAAUAAUUCCAUCAUUUUGUACCAGUUCAUGCUUGUUACAACAGAUAAACAGUGAUGAUGAAAAUAAGUGUGAUGCCCAUGUUUUUCAUUGUUGAUAUGAUUUAUAGACCUCAGUUUGGGUAAUCUUGAACAUUUGUUCCAAUGAAAUUUACAUUAUCUUUUUCUGAGAAAAUUAUUGUAAUUUGCUUUCAGUUUCAAAGAGAAUUGGAAGCAAUUGUAUGAAUUUUGUCACUUUAUGAAAAUGCUGCGUGGUGGACAUGUUGUUAUUAUUA